AUGAAAAAGAAUAAUAGUGAAUAUGUACUACCUUAAUUUAUUAUAGAGUAAAAAACUAAAGAAUUUAAAUUAUAUAAACAACCAAAUACACCUUAAGCUACAAAAUUUUAUAAAAGUAACUUUAUUAUUGAGAUGUUUAAUUAAAACAAGUAAUUGCAUUUAUUAUUUAUAUAAGAAUUUCAGAUAAUAAAUUAUAAUUUAUGUUGCUAAUGGAAAAAAUAAAAAAAUAUAAAAUUAUAAACUGA